AUGGGCUGCCGCUUUAAACUUCAGGUGCGAGAUUUGACUCCAGCAUCGGCGUUACAACCAGUUGAUCAGAAUAAAGCAGGAGCUGCCCAACCGAAACCUUCACAGACCCAAGUGGCGUCAGUGGCCGAAGAAGGUGCUGCUGCUGCUGCUGCUGGAUCUAAUGAAUCAGACAUUCAAGGCACAACCAGAUUAUUGCUUCUUGGUAUUUUUUAA